UCCUGCUCUGGCCGGUCAGCAAACCGAACGGCAGAGCGGAGGCGACGUCAACGUAAACUCAGUUUGUUUAGCCGGCGAGAGUUGAGGAGUAUAUGUAGUCGGUGUUGGUGCCGUGGUGCGUCGAGGUGAAUUGUUUCGGUGCUCCACCAUCGACACGUGCAAUUGGAGUGCUAUUCACCGUGCUUAUCAAGCUUCCUGCGUCGGAACAAUGUGGACGAUAGGCUGACUUUUCCGACUUGAUGGCACUGUUGUGCAUGUGUGUGUCUUUUCUCCAGGCAACGAGAGGCGCAUUUUCCACUUUGACAUGUUGUAACUGUUAACAGUAGACCACAAUGGCCUUCAGGUUUAACACGCGGCGCCGCCUGAUGACGUCGGUGGUGAUGUUUGUGUUGGGCGUGCUGAUGGUGUCGUCGUUGCUGACGUCCAUCGUAGACAACGACAUGUACGGAGGCCCCGUCAGCACCGGCGAGGACUACUACUACUCGUGGGGCAGCUGGAACGUGGCGAAUGCCACCCCCACUGAAGGACUGCCCCUGGCCAUGCCUCCCUCCGCCGACGCCCCCGCCGAGUUGCAGGCCGUCAACGUUGGCAUCAUUAUGGUCAAUGCCAGCAACAAUAAAAAACUGCUCAACAACUUCAAGGGCUGUGCUGAAAGCAUUGUGCGGCAUUCCUCUCAGCUUCCUCUGCACUUUGUGCUCCUGACUGAUGACUCCAGUGUGCCGGUGUUAAGCGAAGUGAUUCGAAAUUUGGCCAGGAUUCGAGCAAAGGUUCCUGUCACCGUGGACUACGUGAAUCUAGAGGAGUCAACCCGCAACCACAGUUCCGUGAUAGGCCGGAUGCACGCCCUGUUCGCGCCGUCAAGUCCUUCAAGCAAGUACCACAAGAGGCUGUUCCACAUCGCGCCCAUCUACCACCGACUGCUGCCAACCGCCACCUCGCGCCUCCUGGUCAUCGACGCCGACGUGCGUUUCAGGGCCGACGUCGCCGACCUUUACAGGCAACUGCUCACCUUCGAGCCCGACGAGAUGAUGGCCCUGGCGCUCGAACUGUCGCCGCUCUAUGACGCACCCUUCAGAAAACUCAGGGCGGAGGCGCCGAAGAGCAUGGCGGGCCUGCCUAAGUCAAAAGGUGGCUUCCAAGGUUUCAACUCGGGCGUCGUGUUAUACCACCUAGGCCACAUGCGUGCCAACGCCGACUACAACGCACUCAUUGAUCAACCUGGCGCCCUGGAGGACCUCUGUAACAAGUACGGAUUUUACAGGGGUGCCGCGGUCGGCGACCAGGACUUGCUCACUCUGCUGGAGAUCUACAGGCCGCAUUGGGUGCGUGAAAUGGACUGUGGUUGGAACAUGCAGCUGGACACGACCAUGGCCGACCACCCAUCCUUUGACGAGUACCACAAGUGCGACUCCGAGGUGAAACUCCUGCACGGAAACGGUGGAGCAACCAUUCCCACCGAAUCCGUCUUCUCUUUGUCUUCCACAGCCCCAUCACUCGUCUUGAAAUCAGAUGCAUCAGGAGAGCGCGGCAAUUUUAAAUAAUUUAUUCCACGAGAUUAAAUAUUCCAAACAAAAGAGUUGAGUGUAUUUUCUGUUUGUGUUUUGAUUGAGUCUGCUGGCCAAUAUGUAGACCAUAUGUGAGGUUUUUGUCAUUCAAAUCGCACCUGUGCGUGCAAGUGCUGUCCUACUUUUGCUCUCGCGAGCACCAGAUUGCAUUAUAAUGAAAGUGAUAUGCAAAAGAUAAUGUUAUGAAGCGUCCCUCGACGUGCAAAAUGAAAGUGAGAGACUACACUACACACACAUACACACUCAUGUUUGUGGUUGUUCACGUUUACUCAACGAAGAUGUCAAUUCAGCUGAGUAAUUUUUUUUGUGUGGCCGCUGCAUGAAAACCAGACGAAAACUAAAUAAAUGACCACGCGCUUCCGUGAAAAUAAUUUUUUGACUGAAAGUGUGAUACUGAUGAUGCCGGCACAAAAUUGAGAGUUGCUUUUGUGCAAAUUAAAGAGAUAUUUUGUGUAAAA